AUGGCUGAUAUUAGCGCAACACAGAAACUACCUCCACCAACAUUACAUCAUUUGAGCUCCUCUUCGUCUCUGCGGGUGCUCUGGGCUCUUGAAGAGCUAUCCCUCUCAGGCGGAUUACAGUACAACCUGAGAAAUUACAAGCGUGUAAAAGGCAGAGCACCAGAAGAAUUGAAAAAAGUAUUUCCUCUGGGGAAGUCACCCGUGAUCGAAAUCCCGGGUGUCAAUCUAUUCCGCCCUUUACCGUUUUUACACGACGAUAAUAACAAUGAAACAAAAACAAUCGUAACGGAAUCUCGUCUGAUUCUACAGCUACUAUCAGAAAAGUACUCGAAUGGAGAAUGGGUCCCCGAUGCAGGAGAUGACAAAGAGCGCGACAGCUAUUUCCUCGAAUUUGCCAAUUCCUCCUUCACUGGAGUGGUAAAUAGUGUCAUCUACUUUGAAAUCAUUCCGACCAUGUCACCCUGGCUAGUCCGUCCAUUGAUGUCUGCAAUCUUCAAUCCGAUCGCAAAGAUUCUCAAACAGGGCCUUGAUCCUCAUUUUGACCUUAUGGAACAUGCUCUGUCAGAUGAAAAGCCAUGGUUUUCGGGCGCCAAGAUCGGGCUGGCGGAUAUUACGCUGUCGUUUCCGAUGGACACGGCAGAUCAGAGGCAGUUUUUGGAUAAGGACAAGUAUCCGAAAUUGGCCAGUUGGGUGAAGAGGGUUCAUGAAAGGCCUGCUUAUCAGAAUGCGUUGAAAAAGGGGGGCUCUUAUGAUUUAGUCAAAUAUGACAAUUAG